CAGAGCUAGAGGGGUAGCUCCUUCAGUUCGUGCGUACCUCUCUCUGGGCAUUUGAAUAACCAAUGCAAAUUACAAGUAUGAAGGGUAGUUUUGUUGUUUCCUGAUUCCAAAAGGCAUUUAUUGAAGGGACACGUGUUAAAUAUGGUUAAGUUCUUAGUUGUCCUGGCUUCUAGUGGAAAUCUCGCGUCGUGAGUUCGGAGUGUAGCUGCUCAAGGAUGUCCAUGUGCUGCAAGUGUUGCACAAUUCAGGCUCAACGCGUGUAAUGUGUCGAACGGGGGAUGUAUCGUGCGUCCAAUGUGCCGUAUAUCGUGGCAGUGUCUAGCCUUGCCCAUCAUAGAGGCUUUCAGCCCCGCAUACAUAUCUCGAGCUUAGGGGCUGCUUGAAAUUUCCACAAUCGAUUUUUCCCAACUACGGAAACGCUAUUGCAGUGGGAUUCGCAUCUGAUCUGAAAUCACCGUCGUCCUGAGAAGUUUGCAAAAUUCAGUUUCAGUUUUUCUCUGUUUCCCGCGGAAUCAUGAAAGUGUGAAUGUGAUGUCCUUAAGGGAUGAAUCCUCAAACUCGGUCAGAUUUUGAAUUUUUGGAAAAUCCUCUUGGACCAGACAAGUUUUAGAGGAAGUGGACCAGUCAUCAGUGGGUAGUGGAUUGCUGUCGUGAUCAAGUCAGGAACGAGUCUGAAUCUAGGAAAAGUUGGUGUUUUUCAGGUCCUGUUGUGUAAAGUGUUGUGUCGGAGACUUCCAGUGCUCCCCUCCGUUUUCCUGACGGACGUUCUCAUGUGUUCGCCAAUACCAUUUUAUCGUUUAAAGGAACUUACCCUUAACUAUGCUAAGGGGACCGCAAGUUUAAGUAAAUUGGUUUUCCCCGAAUAGAUUCGCAACAAAAGGAAUAGCAAGAAAUCAUCCCUAGGAAGGGAUCCGUUGAGUGAGUGGAAGUUGGUGCUGGUUGAUGUGUGUCACACGAUAUUUUCGAGUUUUGCGAUGCGUCCAAAUCGGGUUUUAUGCUUUGCUACGAAGUGUGUGCGUUGAUUACAUAAUCAGGGUCUAAGGGGUACCAACAAUUUUCUGCUGAAGAUCCGAAAAGCCUCGAAUAACUAUACACCAAAAGCAAUUAUAAAAUAAACGAUUUAAGCUUGAAGGGGUUCGAAAGGUCGAUGUCCUUAGAAACUGAAAGAUAGUUAUUAUAAUGUAGACAAGUGUGUAGACUUUUUCUGUAGGCAUUCAACCAACCCCUACUCUCAUUACUAAGUUCUUCAUAUUAUCGAAAUGGGAUAGGAUGUGAUGUGAUGACAAGAAAAGGAGUCAUGAGUAUUCGUAGCUUCGGUUAAUAUAGCUACUCCGUAUUAGCUUCCAGCAGGAGCCAAGCUUCUCCAAAUGAAUUAUUACGCCACGUAUAGCCUUAUCUCACUAGGAACUAGCUAAUAAUUUAUAAGGAUGUCGAUGUACAUAUUUACGGAAAGUAUUAUUGAGCCCAGAUAAUAUAUUGUAAUGAUCGUCAAAACAACACAAUAAUUAGUAAAACCGCGAAGAAAAAUCGAACAACCGGAAAAGUAAAUUCGUCAAAACUUUCCGAAAAUGAUAGAUCCAAGCUCAAGCGAAGAGGAGACUGAUGAUGAUCAGGGAGGUAGAUCACAUGAGGGCCAUUCACAUUCAGGCGAUGGCGGUGGUGGUCAACAGAAGAUAUCUGCAUCACCAAUUAUUAGGGGCCUUACGUCAGGUUCAGUUGUAAAUACAAUUUCCCAUAAGAAUAGUAUAAGCACAAUACCAAAUCACCAUGGCAACUUAGCACCCGAUGUUUCGCCUCUACAUGCACGUCAUGCCCCAGCUGGGGGCGGAGCUGGAGGUAGGGGCGGUGGUGAUAGUAUCGGUAGUAGUGGUGGUGGAAAUCAAUUAGCUCCUUCAACACCUUCGUCGGGAGCACUCAGUGCUAAGGAUCAGCAUACCGCGUAUUUGUCAACGGCGGAAAAUGAUACGUCCGGGAGCCUUGAACCAACAAGUAAUGCUGUGCCUAGAACAACAUCGCCAUCGAUCGGUAUUCCUCAGGAAACUCUUAGUCAAAAUAUAGGACCAGCAAGAGCGAAUUCGUUAACGAGGCCUCAUUCACCUUCACCAUCGUUAGGAAGUGAUAAAAAUGAAGUGGAUUUACAAGAGCGACAAGAGCGUGAAGAAGAAGAGCGCAAGCGUCGCAUACAAUUAUAUGUUUUUGUAUCUCGUUGUAUAUCUUAUCCGUUCAAUGCGAAACAACCGACAGAUAUGACCCGCAGACAAAUUAAAGUUACAAAACACCAGUUAGAAUCUAUCAUAUCCAGAUUUCAGGCAUUUCUCAAAGGUGAAACUCAAAUAAUGGCGGACGAAGCAUUUCAAAAUGCUGUACAAAGUUAUCAUGAUGUGUUCCUGAAAUCUGAGCGUGUAAUGAAAAUGGUUCAAGCUGGUGGUUGCUCAUUAGUGGAUUUUCGUGAAGUAUUUCGAAAUAAUAUCGAGAAAAGGGUUAGAUCACUUCCAGAAAUCGAUGGUUUAAGCAAAGAAACAGUGCUGACUUCGUGGAUGGCUAAAUUUGAUUGUAUUCUAAAAGGAACAGGUGAUGAGGACUCAAAACGACCGCCACGAAUGCAGCAAGCAUUGAAUACAGAGUUAAUUCUAACAAAAGAGCAAUUGUAUGAUAUGUUUCAACAAAUUCUAGGAGUUAAAAAAUUUGAACACCAAAUACUCUAUAAUGCUCUUAUGUUGGAUUCAGCUGAUGAGCAAGCAGCGGCAAUUCGUCGGGAAUUAGAUGGUCGUAUGCAACGCGUUUUGGAAAUGGAAAAAAAUCGAAAAUUAAUGCCUAAAUUUGUAUUAAAAGAAAUGGAAUCAUUGUAUAUAGAAGAAUUGAAAUCAUCGAUUAAUCUUUUAAUGGCUAAUCUGGAAUCACUUCCCGUUUCAAAAGGUUCAAUGGACUCAAAAUAUGGAUUGCAGAAGCUUAAACGUUAUAAUCACAGGUAUUGUACGCCAUCCUUCCUGAAACUUAUACUGAGGCCGCAAGGAUCACUUGCAAAGCUUGAAGGUGGAGAAUCAACAGAAAACGAUACAGUUCUUACGAAGUUGGAUGUUGUCCUGACAUUCCAGCUUGAGGUUGUUGUAAUGGAAGUGAAAGGCCUGAAGAGUCUGGCACCGAAUCGAAUAGUUUAUUGCACGAUGGAGGUAGAAAAUGGUGAGAAACUGCAGACAGAUCAAGCGGAAGCUUCGAAACCGAUGUGGGACACGCAAGGAGAUUUCACCACGACAUAUCCAUUACCUGUCGUGAAAAUAAAAUUAUUCACGGAAAACCCCGGUAUGUUAGCCUUAGAGGAUAAGGAGCUUGGCAAAGUGAUUUUAAAGCCAACCCCGCAUUCAUCUAAGUCUCCGGAGUGGCAUCGAAUGACCACAGACAAAAAGCUUCCAGAUCAGGAUAUUCGAAUUAAAGUGGCCUGCAGAAUGGAUAAGCCUUUAAAUAUGAAACAUUGUGGCUAUCUUUUCGCUAUCGGUAAAUCUGUAUGGAAGAAGUGGAAAAAACGUUAUUUUGUUUUAGUUCAAGUUUCCCAAUAUACAUUCGCGAUGUGUAGCUAUAAGGAGAAACGAUCUGAACCCUCAGAAAUGAUGCAGCUGGACGGCUAUACGGUGGACUACAUAGAAGCAGCAAGUGCAAAUCUAAUGUUCGGGAUUGAUUUAGAAGGCGGUCAAUGCUUUUUUAAUGCUGUACGUGAGGGUGACAGCGUCUUAUUUGCCUGUGAUGACGAAAAUGAGUGUAGUUUAUGGGUAAUGGCCAUGUAUCGUGCUACUGGCCAAUCUCAUCGUCCUACACCACCUGUAACUCAGGACAAAAAUUCACAAAUGUCCAAAAUGCAAGGGGAUGCCGAUAAGGCGCGUAAACAUGGUAUGGAGGAUUUUAUAAGUGCAGAUCCCUGUACAUUCGACCAUGCUUCGUUUUUCAAAAUAUUACAAAAUUUAACAUUGGAUUACCGAUUAAACGACCCCUACGCAUCGUUAGGAUGGUUUAGUCCUGGACAAGUCUUCGUGCUAGACGAAUACUGUGCUAGAUAUGGUGUGCGCGGUUGUUAUCGUCACCUGUGUUAUUUAUCUGACCUACUGGAUCGGGCCGAAAAAAAUUAUAUGAUUGAUCCUACGCUGAUACAUUAUUCGUUUGCAUUUUGUGCCAGUCACGUGCAUGGGAACAGACCGGAUGGAGUGGGAAGUAUAACGCAUGAGGAGAAGGAGAAAUUUCAAGAAAUCAAAGAGCGUCUUCGUGUACUCCUUGAGUAUCAAAUAACCAAUUUUCGAUAUUGUUUUCCAUUUGGACGACCGGAAGGCUCGUUAAAGGCAACACUCUCGUUAUUAGAGCGCGUUCUGAUGAAAGAUAUUGUUACACCUGUGCCACCGGAGGAGGUUCGUGCCAUGAUUAAGAAAAGUUUGGAAACAGCAGCAUUGGUUAACUAUACACGAUUGUCAUCCGAAGCGAAAAUUGAGGAAGAUCUUCGUAACGAAAUGGUUGCCGUGCCACCAACGAAAAAACUAGAGGAUCUUAUACAUUUGGCUGAACUCUGCGUGGACCUAUUGCAGCAAAACGAAGAACACUACGCCGAGUUACGUAAACAAGAUCCCGAAACAACGAAUCAAUCAACGGCUGGCAAUACGGAUGCUACAGCAAAUAGUAGUGUGGGUUGUGAAGUUGAUGGUAACGAUCAAACGGCUGCGUCAAACAGUGGUCCUGGCGUUACCGCUAAUAAAAAGCAGGGUUCAUCGCCUACCCCAUAUCGAUAUUGCAUGCCCACGCAUGCUGUCUACACUGCCCCUGUACCAACGGCUUUCGCAUGGUUCAGCGAUCUGCUGGUCGAACAUGCCGAGAUAUUCUGGUCGCUGUUUGCCGUGGACAUGGAUCGAGUACUGGCCGAGCAGCUUCCUGACACUUGGGAUUCGUUCCCGUUGUUCCAGAUUUUGAACGAUUACCUUAGGACAGAUGAUAAUUUAAAAAAUGGGCGAUUUCAUCAGCACUUGCGUGACACUUUUGCGCCACUUGUUGUUCGUUAUGUGGAUCUCAUGGAGUCAUCAAUUGCACAAUCUAUUCAUAAAGGAUUCGAGAAGGAGAGAUGGGAAAGCAAAGGCAACGGUUGCGCAACGUCGGAGGAUUUGUUCUGGAAAUUAGAUGCCUUACAAUCGUUCAUUCGGGACCUUCACUGGCCUGAUGCGGAAUUCCGUCAGCAUCUCGAGCAACGAUUGAAACUGAUGGCCUGCGAGAUGAUUGAAUCCUGCAUUCAAAGGACAGACGGCGCCUUCCAACAGUGGCUGAAGAAGAGUGUAACCUUUAUAUCGACGGAUUAUAUAAUCCCAUCGGAAAUGUGUGCUAUGGUCAAUGUGAUUUUGGAUGCUAAGAAUCAGAGUUUCAAGCUAUGUACUAUCGACGGGGUAGAUGUGCAUCAAUACAGUGCGAAAAUCGACGAUGCUAUAGAUAAAACCUUAGCAGGAAUGAAUCAAGGCCUUAUAUCGAAGCUAAUGUCGGUUUUAGAAGCGUCACUUUCAAAAUUGUCGCGAUAUGAUGAAGGUAGUCUCAUUGGUUCCAUUUUAAGUUUCACCAAUGUUUCUGGGUCCGGUAAAGACCUUGGCCAAGGGUAUGUGAAUUUUACCAGGAAUAACAUGGACCAGAUUCGAGGCAAAGUCAACGAUGACUUGUGGAUUAUAAACUUUUUCGAGCAAUGGUAUACCCAACAGAUUAACAUGCUAUGCAACUGGCUGUCCGAGCGUUUGGACCAUUCUCUGCAUUUCUAUCAGUGCACCUGUCUGGCGCAUAUUGUUAAAAAAAUAUACUCAGAUUUCGAACUUCAAGGAGUGAUGGAGGAGAAGCUCAAUUCCAAGGCAUACCAGACAGUUGCCCAACGAAUGCAAACCGAAGAAGCGACAUGUUCACUGACCAUGAACACAGGAGAAGAUGGAUUAGAUGGCCUAAAUGGAGCGGAUAUGGAUGAAGGGGAGCGUAUGGCCAGAGCCAGCAUGUCAACAAGUGCCCAAAGCAUGCCAUCCUCAUCGCCUGUACCUCAACUUGGUGAAGAUGGAAACGUUGUUACCAAUAUUAGCAAUGUCACAAAUAUCGUUGCUGGACGUGUGGGAAACCUGUUUGGCAAAGGUAUUGGGGGUCUCAGUUCAAAAUUAGGUGGUGGAGGGUGGUUUUAAAAUUUCUUGUGAUCUGAUACAUAAUAUGCUACAACUAGUUAUGCAUAAUGUGAAUUGGCUAGUACUUUCCUAUAUAUAUAUAUCGGGAGCAUCGUAAUGUAAUUCAUUGAUAUUUUUGACAACCAAAAAUUUUGCCUUUUUGCUUUUUUUUUGAACCCCAUUUUUCGGCCCCAGAUACAAUAUAAACUUGUGUAGAAUUAGCUAGUAGACCUUCUGUCCUUCUUAAGUCUUUGUGGUUUUCGGUGAAUCAUUUAAUGAACGUUUUGCGAUUUUUAUGGAUGACAUUAAGACGUAUUUAUAUGCAAAAAGGAUAUUUUGCAGUAGAUUUAACAGUUGUGGAAAGGGUUUAAGUUCGUAUAUGAAUCUAGAAACAACAUAAUAAAGUAGACGAACUGAGAUACCAAGUGAAGUAUAUAUAUAUGUGUAUACAUGCAUCGAUGUAUACAUAUAUAUUUAUAUAAUAUAUAUAUAUAUAUAUGGAUAAUAUAACAUCAAGACAAAGUAUGUACAUUCGCAUCACUAUUUUAUAAUUAUAUAAUUAAAUAAGAUGAAUAGAAACAAAGGAAGAAAUGCUUAUAAACCCUAUCAUAGAUACUUUUUCUCUAGAUACUUUGCCAAAUAAUAAAAAAGAAUUGAACAACAAAGAAAAAACAGCAAAAUUGUACUAUAUCUGAAUCCAA